UUGUGCGUAUCCAUUCAUAGAUACACGUACAUGCAACUUGUAGAUUAACGCUAGGCUUGUUCUCCGUGACCAUGUUCCUGUCGAUGUGGAUUUCAAACACUGCCGCUACCGCCAUGAUGUUACCCAUCAUCGAGACGGUUCUUACGGAACUCGAAGCGCAAGGCUUGGGUAAUAUGUUUGUGCGCGAGGAGAACGGAAGUGGCGGAGAAGAGGGUCGAGAAGAGCCGGCGAAAAAACCGACGCGCGUCACGAUGGUUUAUUAUCUUGUGGCGGCGUACGCUUCCAGCCUAGGAGGCGUAGGCACGUUAGUCGGGACAGGCACCAAUUUAACGUUGAAAGGUUUCUUCGAAAAGCGGUUCCCAAACAGUCCGGGCAUCAGCCUGACUUCGUGGAUGCUCUACUCGGUCCCGCCAAUGCUGUUGAUGGGUUUUCUUACGUGGAUGUGGCUUCAAAUAAUGUACAUGGGAAUGUUCAGGCCGAGAAGCAAAGACGCGCGCGCCAUUGAUAUUGGCGCGCAAGGUGAGAAGGUCGCCGCGACUGUUAUCCAGAAAAGAUACAAGGAACUCGGCCCGAUUACGUGGCACGAAUCCUCCGUCGGUGUCCUCUUCGUUGCGGUCGUUCUACUUUGGUUCUUCAGGAGUCCCGGAUUCGUGCGCGGUUGGCCAACUUAUAUCACCGAUUUGCACGUCAAAGACUCGACAGCAGCAGCUUGUGUCACCAUUCUAUUCUUCGCGUUACCGGCCAAACUCGAUUUCCUACGAUCGUUCGAUGACGAUCCCGCUAAACGGCCUACCAAGCCGUCGCCAGGCAUGAUCACAUGGAAAAUGAUCCAUCAGAAGAUGCACUGGAGCCUGAUCUUGGUAUUGGGCGGUGGAUUCGCCAUCUCGGCCGGCAGCACUAGUUCCAAACUUUCCUCGAUUCUAGGAAAAGCUUUGAUCUCCUUGCAAUCGAUCGACCCGCUCGCGAUAUUGUUUAUUGUAUGCCUAUUCGCGGAAACCGUGACGGAACUGACCUCAAAUGUUGCGGUCGCGAAUAUCAUUCUACCAGUUUUAGCAGAAAUGGUAAGAGAUUAUUUUCCCUGUAUCAUUCUCUUAUUUUAACACAUUGCCAAACCGAUCAGGAAUAUUUCUAUAUUUGCGCCACAUCGCGUUCUACGUUUACAAACAUGCACGGUAAUCAUGUUUACACUGACAGGUAACGGAUAAGAGUUAAUUUUCAAAAGAGGUGCAUAUGCACAUAUAUCAAAUUGCUUAUUUCCUUUAGUACCAUUCAAACUUCGAUCAAAUACAGCACGUAAGAUUCUCUACUUGUAUUUAAGAAAAAUUCCCAAUGAUAGAUUGUUAAAUAACUAAUAGAUCAAUAUUUGUAUUUCAUUUUUAAAUGUAUUAAUAUAAUUCCACCAAAAAAGUAGGCUCAUUUAAAAAUUGUAUGUAACUUUAACCAAUGAAAUAU